AUGCUUCGUCUCACUCUUCUCUCUAUUUUUGUUGCUUCAUCAUCUGCAUUUUUAUUCCCAAUGGCUGGUGGUGGAGGAGGUGGAGGUUGUGCUCCACCACCACCUCCACCAUCUUGUGGAUGUGCACCUCCUCCACCCCCACCACCUCCAUCAUGUUGUCCACCUCCAGUGUGUGGAUGUGCUCCCCCACCUCCACCUCCUCCUCCACCACCUCCAAUGUGUGGAUGUGGUUGUGGAAGAAAGAAGAGAUCGGCUGAGGAGCCAGCAAUUGAAGGAAUUCUUAAUAUGGAUAGUAACUUGGAAUGUAAUAACGAAGAGAUGAAAAGUGCUCUAGAAAAGAACAUGAAAUCGACUCCAUCUGAUUCUCUUUUAUCGAUCCGCGCAUCCCUACCCUCGGAUGAAUUCUUCGUGAUGUGCACCCAUGGAUUGACUGCUUAUUCUGCUCCAGCUGGAACCAAAAACUGCGCAAUUCGCAAAGAAAAUCAUUUCUGUCAAAUAUUUUCAUUGAACGAAUAUAACUAA